AGCGGCACCGCCGAAGCCCCCUCCCCCUGGCGGCCCGCGUGCGCGGCGCCGCGCGGCGCGCGCCGACGCUCCCGCCGCGGUGCGCGCGCGAGAUGUGCCCGGGCGGCGGGGCGGACGCACGCCCCGUCGGCGGUCGGGGUGGCGCCUGGCGGGAGAGGCUGAAGCACCGCCGGCACGAGGGCGGCGAUGCCGACGCAGAGGGCGCGGGCACUCCCCGCAGAUCCCGCAGCCUCAGCAAGCCGGUCGAGCGUCUCGCGGCCGAGGCAGGCGGGUCCUUCGACCAGCGGGCCGUUCUGGACCAGGACCGGGAACUCAUCCAGCAGCUGACCCAGAGGCAGCAGACGCGGGAACGCCCGCCGGUGAAGAAGCCCACGCCGCCUCCGAAGGUCGCCCCCUACAGGGGCACGUCCUCGACCCCGACCAGCAACCGAGCGGGCAGCCUCGCGAGCACGACGCCCUCGACGCCGAACGGCGCCAGGGCGGGCAGCCGCGCGAGCUCAGCGUCCGACGCUGCCCCCGUGGAGUCGCCCGCGCACGGCGCCUGCGCCCUGGAGGCGGCGGAGGGCACCGUGGACGCUCUGUCUCCUGCGUCGCCUGCGGGCCCCGACGGCCACGGCGCGGGGCUUGGCGCCAUGGCGAUGCCGCCGCGGGCUGCUGCGGAAACUCCCCAGCCUCUCGCCAGCGCGCCGGAAGCGGCGGCAGCAGAGGCGUGGCCGGCCCCUGUGGCGCAGUGCGCCCAGUCACCUGCGCCGCAGCUGCCGCUGGAGCCCGUGGUGCCGCGCACUGGGCACCUCUUCACGGGCGCCGACAUCGACAGCCUCAUGGACCGCCUGGAUCCAGCCAAGGCGCUGCAGCAGCAGGACGGCGGCGACGGCGUCGUGGACGCGCCUCUGCGAGACCCAGCUGCUGCCGAGGAGAGGGGCCAGUGCACGCAGAACUUCGAGGAUAUCAACCGCGACUUCCUGCGGGACCACCGCCUCCCGGUGCAGGAGGUGCAGAGCCUGGAGCCAGCGGCCCCGGCGCCCGCCGUGGCGACCGCCAAUGGCCAGCCCGAGUUCGAGGUGCCGCUGAGGAAGGCCCUCAAGGAGCAGAUCCGGGCGAUCGACUCGUGGCUGGAGGAUGACUUCUCCGCGCGCGAGCGGCUGGCCGGCGCCUCGGGCGGGGGCGCUGACAUGGCCCAAGCGGUGGUCACGGGCCGCGGCCAUUCCUCGGUGCGGGCCUCGGUGCUGGACCCGUCGGUGGCCCUUCUGGCCGCGACGGCCGGCGCCUCUGGCGAGGCGGGUCAGCCCGAGGCGGAGGUGUUCCGAAAGCUCGAUGACGCCAAGAGGAAGAAGUCCGCCAGCCAGCAGGCGUCCCCCGUCCUCUUGAAGGACGCCGCCUCCCAGGUGAAGCCGCUGCUGCCCGGCCUGCCGCUGGAGAAGCUCUGCCGCGUGCUGCGGCUUUUCUGCUCCGCGCGGCACGAGGACCACGACCUCUACCUGCGCAUCCUGGGGGAGAUCCCCCUCCAGGUCCGCGGAAUCAGCCCGGAGCAGCUGACCGACUGCGUGCGGGUGAUGUGCCGGCUGCGGCUGCGGGAGGAAACGUAUUUGGAGCUCUUCUCCACGGAGGCGAUGAACAUGAUCCGGGCCGGGAGCCGCAAGGCCGUCCGCGCGCCGAGGCGCCCUCCAGCCCCGUCGCGGAAGGUGGACGCCGCUGCCACGGCGGCCGCCAGCGACGGGUCGGGGCUCGCCCCGUCGGCGCCGGCCGCGCCCCGGCCGGCCGCAGCGCCCGUUGAGGUGCUGGCCCCGUUCACGGCCACCCAGCUGAUCCAGAUCGGGAACGCGCUUAGCCAGCUGGGGGCGAAGCUCAGCUCGCGCUUCCUCGACGUCUUCCAGGCGCAACUCUCGGUCGCCAUCCCGCGCCUCACGCUGGAGGAGUGCGAGCUGGUGAGCCCGACGCUGGCGAUGUCGCCGCUGAUUCCCGACGCGCUGCGCCGGUCGUUCCUCGAGCGGUGCAUGCGAGUGGACGCCGGGAGGCCGCUCGAGGGGCUGGACAACAGCACGGCGGCGCCUGACAUCGUCGAGUUCCAGCGCAGCGCCGAGUCCAGGAGGAAGCGCGCGAAGCAUUCCCGGAACAUCUUCGUCGUCGAGGCCUGCGUGCGCAAGGAGACGUUCUCGUUCUUCUCGUCCCUCCCAGCGGACGUGAGGGCGUACCUCGACGGGGUCCGGGCGGGCGGCGAGAGGCUAGAGCACGAGGGCCCCAGCUUCUUCGCCUCGCAGGUCGCGGCCGUCCUGGAUCGGCUUGGCGUCGCCUGCGACUUGCGGCGCAUGGCCGGCCCCGUGGGUCUGCACGUCGUGGCCAAGGCCACAAGCCCGAGCGCCCAGGCCGACGAGAUCGUGUACGAGUGCUUAGACGAGAGCGCCUACUACGGGGCGCGACAGGAUGACGCGUGCGCCCCCGAGCUCACCGCGUGCACGAAGCUCCGUCACAGGCUCCUGCAGCGGCUGAAGGUGCAGGUGGUGCACGUGAGCGCCAGCGAGUGGCACGACGACGACGACUUCGAGCAGCUCGACGAGGAGGAGGCGGAGGACUACGAGGCGGCGCCCGAGACACCCGUCGGAGGCGCCGACAGAGACGGCGGCGGCACGCGAGACAACUUGCCGAUCCCGAUCUUCGACGGGAGUGGCUGGCGGGACUUCUCGCGGCGCGUCGAGGCCUGGCAGCUGGCGACCUCCCUCAGGUCCGAGCGCCGCGGCCCAGCGCUCUACGCGAGGCUGCAGGGUGACGCUUGGGCCGCCGUCGAAGACAUCGACAUGCAGAGGCUCGCCGAGCCAGGAGGGCUCGAGUUCUUGAUGAUCGAGCUCAAGGACCGCUUGGAAGAGCAGGAGCAGAUGCGCACAUUCAAGAGGAGGUUCAACACUCUGGUGCAUCGCCUGGCCAAGUUUGCCGUGACUUUGCCCGCGAUCGUGCUCGGAUGUUUUUUUCGGGAGAAGCUGCGGCUGCCGAGCGAUCGACGUGCGAUGGUGCUGGCCAGUGCGAACAAUGACUACGAUUUCAAGGUGAUGUCCGCGGCGGCCGAGAGAAAUUGCCCCAAUGUUGCUGAGUUCGACCGUCCAGGCGGCCGCGGACAAGAUCAGACAUUCAAGCCCAAGAAGUUUCAGAGGUUCGCCCUCGAGGACUACCUACACGACCUGGAUGAGGCCGAGUGCCAAGCCGUGGAGUCUUUCCUGGCGAACGGUGGAGACCUUACCGACCUCCCGGGCCUGGAUGAGUUCGAGGACGACGCUGACGACCAGGAGCCCGGUGACGACCAGGAUGAGACCAUGGCGGCGCUGGCGGAGGUUCAGCGAGACCCCAAGAGGCAGAAGGAGAUCGAUGACUUGAAGAAGAAUUCAGUCUGCAAGGCCUGCGACCAGCGAGGGCACUGGAAGGGCGACCCUGAGUGCCCCAAGACCCGUGGAGGAGGACCGCCCUCGUCGGGAGCUCGCAGGCCGAUGUUGGCUAUCCAUGACAGCGGCUGUGCGGAGGCGGAGCCGCGCAGGGUCAUGACAGCGAUGAGUUCGAGGACGACGACGACGGCCAGGAGCACACCCAAGCCUGCUGCCGAGAAGAAGCCGAACACCAGAGCGGGCGUCUACUCUUUCUUGACCCUCUCGUUCCCGGUGUUCAUCUUCGCGCCCUUCGAGGAGAUGUGGAGGCGCGUCGGGUUCGCGAUCUACGACAGUGGCUGCGCCAGGUGCGUUAUGGGCUACAACAUGCUGAAGCUGUGGGCGGUGCUCUUGAGGCGUCGCACGCGUGGCCUGAGGUACCGGCGGGUCGACGAGAAGGAGCGGUUUCGGUUUGGAGCUGGCGACCCGGUCUGGAGCACCUUUGCAGCGCUGAUCCCGAUAUGUAUUUCACAUCGUACUUCAGGCAUUCUGCGUGUCCGCAUCGUGCCAGGCGACCUGCCGCUGCUCUUUUCGAGGCCGGCGGCGAAGCAGCUCGGGAUCCGCGACGACCCGAGGACCAGCACCUUCAGUUUUCCAGAGGAGCUGGGCGUGCCACACGUGCCGGUCGCAGAAGCUGACUCCCAGCAUCCGCUGCUCAAUCUGUUUCAGUUUCCAGCAGAAGGCUGGGUGGCGCCGCCAGGGGCAGUCUUGGACGAGACGCCCUGGAGCAGCAACACCAUGAUAAAGUGGACCAGCAUCGCCAAAACGGAGUUCGAGCUUAUCAAAAUGCAGAUCGAGCUUAUCAAAAUUAAGGGCGAGCUUAUCAAAACGGAGGUCGAGCCAGUCACAAUGCAGAGCAGUACCAAAACAAGCAGCAAGCAAACGUUCGAGAUGAUUCAGAAGCGACCAGAUCUUCGGCGGGCAUGGUGGCGCUUCGCCCAGAUCUUGAUGAAUGCGGCCCAGGCUCUCAUGACACCCAAGCGCGGCGUGAUGAUCAGCAUGGGCUACCGGAAGCGUAUCAUCUCGAGGUUGACUCACGUGAGACCGAUUCGGAAGGGGAUCACUCAGAUGACGAAGGCGGAGUUGCGCGUGGAGCUGCUGACCAUAGGAGUGGAUACCUCGGGGAGCGAGACGUGUGCAGCCCUACGGGAAAGCCUGCGAGCCACACGACCGCCCGAGGAGGCAAAGCACCAGACGGGGACCCCCAGGGCAAAGCUGGCGUCGGGAUUCAGCAAGCUCAAGAAGCCCGAGGCCAUCGCUUUCUGCCAGGCUGCAGGCGUCGCGUUCGACGGGACGGCGGACGCCCUGAAGCUCAGGAUCAAGGCGUGGGUAGCAGCAGAAGGCAACUCCAAGCACGCCUCCCAUGGCGAGGGAGAUCCAGGCCAAGGUCAAGAUCGCUUGGCAAGGAUUCGGACGGCACCGGCUCGGACAGCAGUGACGACGCCGGUCACGGCGGCGGAGGUGGACUGGGACCCGGACCAAGACCUCGCGAGAGUCGACGAGGAGAGCGACGAGUCCGAGCUGAGCGAGGCGGAGACCGAGUCGAGCGCGGCCGAGACCGGCCAGGACAAGGAGCUGAUGAACCACCUCGAUCUCGGUUUCCAGCUGGUCAGCGGGCUUCGUGGCGCUCUGACUUCGUGGACGCUGCCAGCUGUGUGCCUCGCAGCGACCAUCGGCGAGUCGGCUGGCCUCAACCUUGCCAGCUUCGCCAAGGCCGCGGGGGGGCCCGCCGCCACGGAGGUGCGCGUCACGGUCGACGAGGACGGCGCCAAGAUCAUCUUCGUGGAGAUCUGGGGUGGCAAGGCCGCGGCGUCGCGCGAGGCCGCCCGUCGAGGUUUUCGUGUCGGCCAGCCCUGGGACAUCGAGUACGGCGACGAUCUCGAGAAGCCGAAUGUCCAGCAGCAGCUGAUCGAUUUCGUGGAUCGCGAGAAGCCGGACUGCCUGGUGCUCGAGCCGACCUGCAGGAUCUGGAGCCACAUGCAGAACCUCGUGUUCAAGGGAGACAAGCAGCGCCUGCGGCGGGCGCGGCUGAAGGAGCUGCCGACGCUGAAGCUAGUCGAGAGGCUCUUCGGGAUGCAGUACGUACGAGGGCGGCUCAGACAACUCCCGGGCGUGGUCGAGUUCCAGACUGACAUGUGCGCGCACGGCCUCACCUGCCCUCAGACCCGGAAGGCAGUCAAGAAGCCUACGAGGAUAUUGGCGACUCACGCGCCUUUCGAGAAGCACUGCGGCCUGCGGCGCACGGAGGACCGCGACCACGCUGAGCUGAAGGGCUAUGGCAGCAAGGGCAUCUCCUGGAGCCAGGUCUAUAUCAAGGACUUCAGUCGGCGCAUCGUCGACGCGUUCGAGGAGGUGCGCAACAAGAGCUACCAGGCCAUGGCGGCGGACGUCGACGACAAGGACGACGAGGCACCCGAGGAGGAGCCCAUGGGCUCCCGAGCGAUCUCGUUCGGGGAGAAGGCUGGCAUCCUAACCCUUGAGUAUCUCUCGAACGACGACCUGGCCAGGAACCUGAGGCUCAACGGCGCGGACGAUGCUCUCGUCCGCGGCGCCAAGCACCUGCGCUGUGCUACGUGCAACAGGACUAAGCCUGCUGCGGGAUCUCAUCGAGUUUCCUGUCUGUCGCCAGUCGGCGGCUUCAAUGACGAGCUGGGCGUCGACGGCCUCUACCUUCGGAACGUGCACGGGAAGCCCUACCUGUUCCUGUCGCUCGUCGAGGCCUCCACGACGUGCCACGUUGCACGCUACCUGAAGAACCGGAAGCCAGCCACCGUGGCUAAGGUCUUUCGAGAGCUGUGGCCUGCUGGACCGCCUAGCGUGGUCAGGCUCGACCCGGACGGCAUGUUCUACACCGAGUUUCAGGAGGCCAUGGACACGAUGGGGAUCCGCGUCAAGGCCGUGGCAGGCCAAGCGCAGUGGCAGAACGGCCGCACUGAGCGGCAUGGCGGCUGGCUCAAGCUCAUGGUCAACCGCGUCGUCGAGCACAAGUCAGUCACGAGCCGCGGUGACCUUGAGACCGCCGUCUGGGAGACCUGCCAGGCCAAGAACGACAUGCGUCGGAUCUGCGGCUUCUCACCGUCGCAGUGGGUGCACGGAUGCUCUCCUACCAUGUCUGCCGACCUGAUCGAUCGGCCUGGCCAGAUUGCAGAGCACAGCAUGCAUCACGUGUCCACGGAGCUCGCCAGGAGGAUGGCUAUCCGCGCGGCUGCGCGGACGGCCUUCGUGGAGCUGCAAAAUAGCCAGGCGCUCCGUCGAGCACUCUUGCGGAAGCCGAGGGUCGCCCGCAUCAACUACCAGAACGGUGGCCUGGUGUUCUACUGUUGGCUGCGCAAGGGGACGAAGCUCCACGAGUGGCGAGGCCAGGACCUCGGCGACACCCUCGAGGAGCGAGCGAGAGAGCUGGAGCUGGAUAUCGAGGAGAUCGAGAGGGACAAGCGCCCGGCUGACGCGGCCAAGCGCCUGGGGGACGAGCCGCCCCGCGAUAAUCCAGAACAGCCCGUUCGCUUUGCCAAUUUCAGUUUCGGCCCGAUCGCGAAGCGGAGCUGGAACACGACGAGGCUGCAACGUCGAGCGCUGGAAAAGGAGAUGCCAUGGAACAUGAUCCCAGCCAGCGACCGCCCUCUCUAUCGCGAGGCGGCCGAGUUGCAGUGGAAGCAGUGGGAGAACUACGACGCCGUCGAGCCGCUUUCAGUCAAGGAAAGUCAGAAGGUUCGUGAGCGAGUCCACCAGAGCCGCAUCUCGACGUCGAGGUUCCUCUACCGGAACAAGAACGCUGGAGUCAAGGACGCGCCGCCCAAGCCAAAGGCUCGGCUGUGCUUUGGUGGCCACAACGACCCGGACCUCACGAUGGGGCUCAGGACCGACGCACCGACCGUGUCGAGGCAUUCGGUGCUCACCUUCCUGGCAGUGGCGGCGGCGUACGACUUCGAUAUCGUGGCCGGCGACAUCGAGUGUGCCUUCAUGCAGGGCGAGGAGCACCGGCGCGCCGAGGAGCUCUACAUGUCUCAGCCCAAGGAGGGCCUGCCGAACAUGGACCCUCGGUGCCUCCUGAAGGUCAAGAAGGGCAUCUUCGGGCUUGCGGAUGCGCCGCGGCUGUGGUGGCGACGUCUGCGUCGGGGCCUGGUCGAGGCGGACUUGAAGGACGAGGAUGUCAAGCCCAUCCUCAUGAUGCAGUCCCGGCUCGACCCGACGGUGUUCCGCGGCUUCAACGAGGACGGCGGGCGGUGUAUCUUGGUCUGCGUACGUGCUGAGGAUCUCCUCGUAGCCGCGAAGUCGCAGGCCCUACGUCAGGGAGUUCGAGGUCUCUUCAACUUCGGCGAGUGGCGUCGCGUGCCUGUGGUGUUCUGCGGGAAGCUGCUGCAGGCGGGCCCAGAAGGAGGUUUCCUGCUGGGCCAGUCGACCUUCAUCGAGGGCAGGCUCGAGCCGAUCGAGAUCGACAAGGCCCGGAAGCGUGGUCCGAGCCUGGAGUGUAAUGCCCGCGAGGCCGCGGACAAUCGCAGUGCAGUCGGCAGCUUGGGGUGGCCAGCUCGAGAGACGAGACCCGACCUGUCGUGUACGGUAUCUAUGGCCCAGCGCAAGCAGAAUGCCCGUUGCAUCCAAGACCUGCUGGACGUCAACAAGGCCAUCGGAGUGUUGCAGAGCUCGGCCAGCGAGAAGUUUCACAUCCCCAAGCUGGACGUGGAGUCCCCGUGGUGCCUGAUAGUCUACCACGAUGCGGCAUGGGGAAAUGCGCUCACCGAGGACGAGGCCCUACGUCGGAUCGCUCAAGGGGAGAAGGUCCACUCGCAGGCGGGGUACCUGGUCUACCUGUGCGAGCGUGCAGUUGCUGAAGCACGCCCGGGCAAGGCGAUCCUUGUGGAUUGGAGAAGCCACGCCCUGCCGCGCGUGGCUAGGAGUACCUUCGCUGCCGAGACUCAGAGUUGCACCGAGGCGUUUGACUCAGCAGAGCUUGUGCGUGCUGUGAUUCUCGAGAUGAUGUAUGCCGACCUGGACGUGACCAACAGUGAGAUGCUAGCCAACAUUCGUAUGCUCCCGAUCACGUGUGUGACGGAUUGCAAGUCGCUUUAUGACACCCUCCAGCGGGAUGCCGGUAAGCUCCCGCAGGAGAAGCGCCUGAUCAUGGAUCUGGCUUGGCUGCGCGAGGCCAUGCAGCUGGAGGCUGCCGUGGACCCCCGCGAGAGUAUGAACGUGGCAGAUGUGCCGAUGCG